GAGCAAUUUACUCUCUCACAGAGUGUCAUUAUUAUUUUAUUUCUUAGGUUUCUGUAAUAGGACUUGUUUGUAAUUGAGGGUUUCAUUUAUCUGGGGAUAAAAAAGUAAAGUAACAUAAAUAAAAAAUGGCUUCCAAGAGCAAACGUCCUCCUCCAUUAAAGCUUGGGAUAUCUGCUCCGCCUCCAGCUGAGCCAGUGAAAAAAGGAGAUAUCACACAGAACAUUGUAAAUAAAAUUGGAAAAAGUAUCGAAGAACUUGAAAUUGACGAUGUACAAAGAAAGAGAUUAGAUACUUUUCUGUCUCAGAAAAAGACGGUCGGAAUGUUGGACAGUGCUCAAAAAGUUGAUUUUUUAGAGAAGGCUGAAAUCGGUGUUGGAAAUGGCGGAGUUGUUCAUUUAGUACAGCAUAAAGAAUCUGGUCUGGAGAUGGCACGAAAACUCAUCCAUUUAGAACUGAAACCAGCAGUACAAAAUCAAAUUAUCAGAGAAUUGCAAAUUCUUCACGACUGCAAAAGCCCUUAUAUUGUUGGAUUUUACGGAGCGUUUCAUAAUGACAGCGAAAUCAGCAUAUGCAUGGAAAAUAUGGAUGCCGGUUCCCUUGAUCAAGUUCUGAAAAAAGCUGGAAAAAUCCCUGAACCUAUUCUAGGAAAAGUCAGCAUUGCGGUACUUCACGGAUUGAGAUAUUUAAGAGAAACACAUAACAUAAUCCAUAGAGAUGUAAAACCAUCGAAUAUUUUAGUCAACUCAAGAGGAGAGAUAAAACUAUGUGAUUUUGGUGUCAGCGGACAACUUAUUGAUUCCAUGGCUAACACCUUUGUUGGUACAAGGUCCUAUAUGUCACCUGAACGAUUACAAGGAGCACCAUAUUCAGUAUUGUCUGAUAUCUGGUCUCUUGGUUUAUCAUUGAUCGAAAUGGCGAUGGGAAGAUACCCUAUACCUCCACCCACAAAGCGGGAUAUUGAUGGCAUGUUUGGACCCAACGCUGCAAGUUUUGUACCGGAUGCACCUCGGCCGAUGGCUAUAUUCGAAUUGCUUGACUACAUUGUAAAUGAGCCCCCUCCACAACUACCAAGAGGAGUCAUAUUUUCUGACGAGUUUUGUGAUUUUGUUGAGAAAUCUUUGGAGAAAAAUCCUCAGGAUAGAGCAGAUUUGAAGGGAUUGAUGCUACAUCUAUGGAUAAAAAGAGCUGAAAAUAACAACGUUGAUUUCGCUGGGUGGAUAUGUAAAAUCAUGGGGCUGAAACCCCCUUCACCCAGCACCCCAACAGAAAAGACAUAAAUGAUAUUUCUUCUGCUUGCACUUCCAAAUUAUACCUUAUUUAAAUAUAUUCUGAUUAUGGAAUUUAUAUCGGGUCAACAUGGCCAAGUAUGAUCUGGAGUUGAAUUUUGAUAUGCCUCUGAACAUUGAUAAAUUUAAGUUUCUAUUAUGUUACAUUUUCUUCCACUCGAUUGUUCAAGAAUAACUUUUUUUAAAUCAUGAUUUUAUUUUUUUUUCAAUUACAUUAUUUGCACCUUUAAAAGCUCAGAUUAUUAUCGCCAUUCUCUCAUUUGAGUCACAAAAAUAGAAUAUUGUAUUCCAUGUAUAAAUGUUGAUACAAAAAUUUUGAAUGAUUGUGAAAAUGAUAUCGAAUUAUAAAUCUUACGGAAAGUAUAGUCUUCAUAAAAGUUGAUCAAUUGCCUUCGAAACAAUACUUUCUCACAAUAUGGGAAUACCUUCAAACUUUUGUGUAUGUAUAUGGUUAAAAUGUCACCUUUAUGCCGAUGUUCAAAAUCAUCAUUUAUUAUUUAAAUAUAUCUCAAUUUUGUUCUCUGUUUUUGCCGAACUGAGAAGAUUUCGGUUUUUCCAAACCAAAGGUAUAGUCACUCUUUACCUAGAGGCCGCUAGUACAGAGCGAAAAUAUGUAUAAAUAUGUGGAGUAAAAAAGUAGCUAAAUGGUCAUUUUAUGAAAUUUGACUUAGUUUUCAAAAUGAGAUUAUUCUGUUUCGAUUAUUGUAUUAUUAUAUUGAAAAAAAAAUUUUCUUUUGAUAAAAUCAUGCAUUUAUGGUGUUGAAAUACAAGUUUAAUUGCAUUUGCUCUUAUUAGUUAUGAAAUAAUCAAAACUACUCACCGAAUUACAUACUAACUUUGUUUGAACACAAUCAAUAAAAACUUAUAUUAGGUAAUAUUGAAACAAUUCACUAUUUAAAUAAUUCUCUUCAAUUUGUUUCAAUGCAUCUAGUUUUUGUGAAGCAAAGUGAACUUGAUCAGUGUGUAUUUUUUUAAGAAUAUAUAAAAAUAAAUUUUUCUUUCAAUCAGUAUCGGCUUCCAUGAAUAUAUACUUUGAUACCACUGUUGUAUAUAAUACAUACAUAUGUUGCAUACCAUACCGCCCAGUUGUGCUUUUUGGCAGAACAGUGGAAAGAAAUUCUUAUUAUCUUGAUAAAAUAAUUCUCGAAAAUGAAGAUUUUACAGUUAAAUAAAGACAGAAUAUAUUCUUACUCCACUCCUCUUUUUAGUUUAUUGAAAACGUUGUGUAUUCAGUGGAAUUGGUAAAUUAAUUCUCAUUUCUAUGUAUGAAUACCAACCUCUUUCAUGUUUAAAAAAUAAAAUAGGAAUUGUUUACUAUA